GUAGUCUUUUCUGCCCCUCGUCCUCCACCUUAGCAGCGACCAGAGGUGCCUUCAGCACUUCGUACAACUACGAUCGACUGCGGUUGUCGUCCGUUCGGCCUUGCUCGAGCGAAGGGUUAGAUCAUUGCCUAUACAUACUAGCCCUCUUCUUCGCUACUAGCGGGGAGAUCUACAUCGUACAUUUCCCGGCCCACACUCAGCCAGCAUGCAUUGUUCCACCUUCCUAUUGGCUGCGGCAUCUGUGCUGCAGCUAUCCUCAGCUCUGAGACUGGUAUCCAGAGAGAACCCAAGAGUCUUCGGUCUAGACAUCCAACGUCGCCACAUAGAGAACCCAGCAGCACACGAUCGACUGCGCCGCAGACAGAAGACCGUCCAGCAGACGCUCGACAAUCUGGAGACCCUUUAUUUCGCUAACGGCACCUUGGGUACUCCACCGCAGAGGUUCCGCUUACAUAUUGACACCGGGAGCAGCGACCUUUGGGUGAAUGCCGCCAAUUCCACACUCUGCCAGGAGCAGGGCGAUCAGUGUAGCGACUCAGGUACCUACGAUCCCAACGCCUCGUCAACCUACGAGUACGUGAAUAGCGUCUUCAACAUCAGUUACGUCGACGGCUCGGGCGCCUCGGGAGACUAUGCCAGAGACACCUUUCAGUUUGGCGGGAAGACUUUGGAACGUCUGCAGUUCGGAAUUGGAUACGAGUCGACUUCUCCCGAAGGCAUCCUCGGUAUCGGCUACACGGCCAACGAAGUCCAGGUCGUGCGCGGUGGCCUCCCUCCCUAUCCAAACCUUCCUCAGCUUCUUGUCGACAAUGGAGACAUCAACACGAAUGCGUAUUCGCUCUGGUUGAACGAUCUUUCUUCGUCCACCGGCAGCAUCCUGUUUGGCGGUGUGGAUACGGAGAAGUUCCAGGGGACUCUCCAAUCACUCCCCGUCCUCACCAGACAAGGAGGCGUCCAUUCCGAAUUCGUCAUCGCUCUGACCGGACUGGGCCGGGACGGGAACGCAGGCUCCAUCUUCCAGAACGAAAACGUUCCCGUCCUCCUCGACUCCGGCUCCUCUCUCACGUACUUGCCAGACAACGUCGUUCGAACUUUGUACAGGACGUUCAACGCUCAGUACGAUGAAUCCCAAGGCGCCGCCUUCGUCGACUGCGCUCUUGCCAGCCAGCAAGGCUCUCUCGACUUUAGCUUCUCCGGCGCCACCAUCAGCGUCCCUUAUAACGAACUCGUCAUCGUAGCCGGAACCCGCCGUGGCCAGGACAUUUGCAUUCUUGGCAUCGGUCCCGCUGGUGACUCAACCUCCGUGCUGGGCGAUACGUUCCUUCGCUCCGCAUACGCUGUCUACGAUCUCGAAAACAACGAGAUCUCGCUGGCCCAGACCAACUUCAACGCCACGCAGAGCUCCAUCAAGGAGAUCCAGCCAGGAGCGGAUGGGGUUCCCAAUGCCUCCGGGGUGCGGAACGCGGUGUCUAGCGGUCUGGUGAGCUCAGGUGGCGGAAGGAUUGGGGCCCCGUCUGUCACCCCGACGGCAAGUGGGACAGGGGGGCAUAGUGGUGCCGCCGCGUCCAUGUAUACGCCGCAGUGGGGUCUUGGAGCGGGAGCCGCGGCGCUGCUGAUUGGGUUUAAUGGGCUCUGAUUGGGAUGUGGCUACGUUGCUAUGAUUGCGGGUGGGGGUUUUUUGUCUGAUUACGCUCUCCUUGUUUGUGGAUAUAUAACUCUCACGCUCACGAGGAUCCGGCAUGCAUUCUGGUGGCGUUUUUCGGUUGGGGGAUUGGGAUUGUAUAUACUACAUUACGGCCGCGGUCACGCUCGUUUCUUUUGGGGGUCAUUGGAAUUUUAGGGUUUUGGAUGGAGGAUAUCUGAAUUCGGGCAGCAAUGGUGCAUUUCCGGCUGGCUGGCCGAACGGUGCGAGCGA